CGAGGCAGAGAAGAGUCUCUCACAUCAGAACACCUCAAGAAACACCAGCAGAGACCCACAGGGAAGAAAUCUCACCACUGCUCUGUCUGUGGGAAGAGUUACUCAAGAUCAGAUUCACUGAAAGCACACCAGAGAAUUCACACAGGGAAGAAGUCUCACCACUGCUCUGACUGUGGGAAGAGUUACUCAAGAUCAGAUUCACUAAAAGUACACCAGAGAAAACACAUUGGAGAGAAACCUCACUGCUGCUCUGAUUGUGGGAAGAGUUGCACCUCUUUAGCAACCCUAAAAAUACAUCAGAGAAUCCAUAGAAGAGAAAAACCUUAUAGCUGCUCUGACUGUGGGAAGUGUUUUGUUUUGUCAGGACAUUUAAAAUCACACCAGAGAACACACACAGGAGAGAAACCUUAUAGCUGUGAUCUAUGUGGGAGGAGUUUUAGGCACUUAAGCAGCCUGAUAGUGCACCAGAGAAUACACACAGGAGAAAAACCUUAUAUCUGCUCUGACUGUGGGAAGUGUUUUGUUUUGUCAGGACAUUUAAAAUCACACCAGAGAACACACACAGGAGAAAUGCCUCAUAGCUGUGAUCAAUGUUACAAGAGAUACUCUGAUAAAAGAUCUCUGGUUAAACAUCAGACAAUUCAUUCAUGAAUGAGUUGUUCAAUGUGGGAAGAGUUUUACUGAAUCUAGAAAGCUGACUUUGCACCAGAGAAAACACACAGGAAAUAUACUUUACCACUGCUCUGACUGUGGGAAGAGGUUUGUUUAAUCAGGACUUUAAAAAAUCAUACCAGAGAACACACACAGGAGGGAAUUAUCAUAGCUCUGAUCAAUGUGACAAGAGAUCCGUUAUAUCAAUGAAAUAAUGUCACAAUGUAAUAGGAGUAUUUUAAUGAUGUCAUAAUGAAGGAACCCUACAUGUUUGCCCUGAUCUAUUGAUUUCAGCGUGCUAUGGAUUGAAAUGAAGAGUACUACUAUGUGAUUAACAAAAAGUGACUGACAAAAAGUCGUUAUGAAAAGAAGACUACGUUGUAGUUGAAAGUUGAAAAGAUGUCUUGUAAACAACUUAAUUUCAAUGUACUUGCAGCCUUGCAACACAUGGACACAGUAUAAUAAAUUGGUCUAUAAUCAAUUUUAUUAACAAUCCUACAUCAGUCCAGUAUUUCUUGUCAACAUUCAAGUGCUAAUUGUCUUUAUUCCACUACUGAAGAAGCAUGACUCAAAUCACCUCAUAUUUCAAACAUCCAGCCUGACAAAAGAUACGUUUUAUUAUUCCAUGCCUCACCAUUAAGUUAAUUAUUGCCAAUACAUAUUAACAAAGGGGUGUACAAUUGGUUUUGAUAUUUCAUAAUAUUAGCAUUUUUGUAACACUUGCAUAAAUAAUUAUGAUUAAUAACUGAAUUUUAUUGGUACAAUUAUGUUGUUUACUAUCAAUGUUAUAAAACUAGCUUAUAUUUUUGGUUGGAUAUUACAUCCUAUUCUUAUUAUUUUAAUCAAUGUAAUUUCCUUAGAAUGCUCAUUAGUCUUUCAGUUUUAUUGUUAUUCUUUAGUUUUUUAUCCUUAUGAUUGUUGUGUAGUAAAUAUUUCUGUUUUUAUUUUCAUCCAUUUUUAUUCGUUUUUUCCUGUGAAGCCCAUUGUGUUGCAUCCAUGUCUGAAAUGUUCUGUAUAAAUAAUGCUUGAUUUGAUUUGAAUAUAUUACAACAAAUUAACCCAA